AUGAUGCCACUCAUUUCCGAAGACGUUUCUGUGACCUGUAACACUGAACCACAAUUCAAGACUGUCAAAAUUCCAAAUGGUGAUUCAUUUCCACCCUACAACCAACUUCAAGUUGAUGUAUCUGGAUCCUGUGUGGUGUGUUCAAUAACGUAUGCUUUGAAUUUAAUACUCGAGGAGGAGAAGAGAUUGACAUUGGACAGCGUUUUGCAAUUAUCACUCAAUAAUGAACUAUUGUCUUCAAAGGGAAAUGGAACUCACACAAAAGCAACAGUUGAAAUUGCAAAAUUAUAUGGCAAUGUGGAAUGGGGUUAUUUUGGAUCUGAUCCAAGUGACUGUGCUUCUGACAAGAUUGGAAGAGUGUUUCAUUCUCGAUCUUCUACCGACCUCUCAUCAUGCGAAUUUGACAAUGGUUAUGAUUUGAUACGAAGUAAAUUGGAAAAAGGUCUUCCAGUCAUUGUUGGUAUGAGAAUGAAUUUAUUGACCUCCACGAAUGCAGAUACCCAUGCUGUGGUUAUUACUGGAAUUGAUGAAAAUAAUUGUGUCACUAUUGCAGAUUCAUUUUCUAGAAUUGCAACUAGAAAAGGGUCACCCGUUCAUGGUAAACCAGUAUGGACGAGAAAUCCAGGAAUCUAUGUUGCUACAUGGAAGGAAUUUGAUGCGAGUUGGAAUUCGAGAGAUGAUUACAACCUCAAUGAAAGUAUUGCAAACGAUCCUGCUUUUUCAAAUUUUAAUCCAGAAGAAGAAGGAUAUCGAUUUUGGAUGACCAUAGAUCCUUUCAAUAAAUAA